GGACGAUAUUCCUAAAUUCAUAACAUCACGUCCUAGGAUCCAAAAACUCAAAGUCACAAUGUCUGUUUCAGAUGAUUCAGCACUGAACGCUCAAGUCGAUUUUCUAAGAGAAGAUGUCAAAUACGCACAAGAGCAUGACUUGCAAACUUUGAGUAUCUUUACUGCAAGACAUAGCAAAGAUGAUAAGCCUCUCACGGGAGUCAUUGGAGAACCUUCCACAACCUCAUCUAAGAUUUGGGUAAUUUACAUUCACGGAGGAGCGUGGCGGGAUCCACUUGUGACAUCCUCUUCUUUCAUUCCAACGAUCAAUUAUCUUGUAUCUUCAUCUAUUGAAUCCAAGAUCGCCUCAUUUGUAUCCAUCAAUUACCGUCUAUCUUCUCAUCCAUCUUUUCCUCAAGAUUCUUCGUCAGUUCCGAAACACGAAUAUCGUAAUGCUAAGCAUCCUGAUCACAUACAAGAUAUAUGUUCUGCACUAUCCUACUUACAAUCUAAACACUCCAUGGGGGAUCAAUAUCUACUAGUUGGCCAUUCAUGUGGUGCAACGCUAUCAAUGGAAAUUGCAAAGGGGAAAGAAUAUUUGCAUUCUUGUGGCAUACCAGAUGAGGAUUUGAAUUUCAAACUUCCACGAUAUGUUCUUGGAGUAGCUGGAAUCUACGAUUUACGAUACCUUCGUGAUACGAAUCCUCAUCCUGCAUACAAUGAAUUUCUCACCGAAGCAUUCGGGUCUGAUGAGCAACUCUGGGAUGCAGUUUCACCAGCGAGAUUCUCCAACUUUGACGAAUUUGAAAAAAGUGGAAAGAUUCUUGCUUUUGCUACUUCACCAAAUGAUGAAUUGGUUGAUGAGAUACAAAUUGAUGUUAUGGUGAAGAAUGUGCAGGGUAUUAAGGGAGGAGUAGUGGUGAAAAAUCUCAAAAAUCAAUUGAGAGGAACUCACAACGAUAUCUGGAAGACUGGAAAUUUGGCCAAUGCUAUAGUUGAGGUCUUGAGGUCAUCUGAAUAGCCGAAUAUGAGUGGAGAGAUUUAACACUAAAGUUCGGAAUUACAAACUCUAAUUCGACUCCAUUACUUCAUUCAAGGAAACUGAAUCAAGGUUAUUCAAUUCCAAUUAUUCCCUGGUGGCCGAUAUUUGAGUCUGCGUUUCCUUGUGUAAUCAUUUCUUGAUGGAGGUGGAUUCGACGCGGCGGAAGAUGAGCAGACGAGAGAGUCAGUAACUCGGAUUUAGUUACUUGAUGGGGAGCAAUCAUAUAAUUCUUCUUAUCUUAUUUUAUAGAGCUCGUCUGCUCUAUUGGUUUCGUUUACCCUAGAGCAAAAUUCAUAUGUUUGGUUUACA